CAACCCAACUUUAUAAUUUGAGCAUUCGAGUUUAAGUAUUACUUUCGACCUUUAAUUAUCACCUUUUCUGAUUUUCUACUUUCAUAACUCUUUCACACAUCAUGGCGGACGCAUUAAAAGCCGCUGGCAAUAAAGCCAUUGCAGAGAAGAAUUUCGACGAGGCUGUCGAGAAAUUCACCGAGGCUAUUGCUAUCGAACCAGAAAACCACAUCCUAUACUCUAAUAGAUCGGCUGCAUAUGCUUCCAAACGAGACUUUGAAAACUCCUUGAAGGAUGCUGAAAAGUGUACGAGUAUUAAGCCUGACUGGGCCAAGGGCUGGGGUAGAGUUGGUACUGCUAAGCAAAGUUUGGGAGAUCUUUUGGGAGCGCAUGAUGCUUACGAAGAGGCUUUGAAGCUUGAUGCAAAUUAUGCAGUUGCUACCAAGGGUUUGGCACAAGUCAAGAAAUCCAUCGAUGCAGAGGCUAAAGCAGAUGGUGUAAAGGGUGAUCCAACAGAAGGACUCGGAAAUAUGUUCAGUGAUCCUCAACUCAUCACUAAAUUAGCAGCAAACCCCAAGACCGCCAAAUUCCUUUCAGACCCAACCUUCAUGUCAAAACUUCAACAAAUCAAGUCUAACCCAGGCAAUACUCAAGAACUCUUCUCAGAUCCACGUAUGAUUCAAGUCUUGGGUGUCCUGAUGGGUGUCGACAUGUCUUUCGCCGAUUCGGGUGCUUUCGGUGGCGCUCCAGGUGCUGAGGGUGCUUCUGCGCCUAAGGAGGCCGAGGAGGAUGUCGCAAUGCCAGAUGUACGCCCAAGCUCGCAAGAACCACAAGCCAAGAAGGCCAAGACCGAGCCAGAACCGGAGCCAGAGGAUGAGGAGGCUGCCGAGAAGAAGAAGGCAAAGGCCGAAGCCGACGAGGAAAAGAGACUUGGUACUGAACAGUACAAGAAGAAGAACUUUGAUGAGGCGAUUGCACAUUACAGCAAAGCUUGGGAAAUCUACAAGGAUAUCACGUAUCUUAAUAACCUUGGUGCUGCAUAUUUCGAGAAGGGAGAGUAUGAAGAGGCCAUUAAGGCAUGUGAGAAGGCUGUUGAAGAGGGACGAGAAAUCUACGCCGAUUUCAAGAUGAUCGCUAAAUCAUACGCCCGUAUCGGAACCUCCUAUGAGAAGAUGGGAGAUCUGCCAAAGGCCAUUGAGAACUACAACAAGUCGCUCACCGAACACCGUACCCCUGACGUCGUCAACAAGCUCCGUGCAGCAGAGAAGAACAAGAUUGAUAGUGCCAGAAAGGCUUACAUUGACCCAGCAAAGGCUGAAGAGGCUCGUGAACUCGGAAACCAAAAGUUCAAGGAGUCAGAUUGGCCUGGAGCAGUCGAGGCUUACAGCGAGAUGAUCAAGCGUGCUCCAGAGGAUCCAAGAGGUUACAGUAACCGUGCAGCUUCUUUCAUCAAGCUUCUUGAAUUCCCUUCUGCUUUGGAAGAUUGCGACAAGGCAAUCUCCAAGGAUUCUAAGUUUGUCAGAGCUUACAUCCGAAAAGCACAAGCAUACUUUGGCAUGAGAGAUUACUCCAAAUCUCUCGAUGCUUGUAACGAAGCUAGCGAGGCUGAUGUCACAAAGGCAAAUGCUAGAGAAAUUGAGCAGCAACAGCAGAAGGCUGUUAAUGCCAUGUACAGUGCCAGAGAGAAUGAGACUGAGGAACAGACUAAGGAGAGGCUUUCAAGAGACCCUGAGAUCCAAAGAAUUAUGGGUGAUCCAGUCAUGCAAAGCAUUCUCCAACAAGCUCAAAAUGACCCCGCCGCUCUUCAGGAACACAUGAAGAACCCACAAAUCAGAUCCAAGAUCCAACAACUCAUCGCUGCCGGUGUCAUUCGUGUAGGAAGAUGAUUGAAUUGAAGAUCUGCUGGUUUGAUGGAAUGGAAGGUAACUUGAAGAAGAUGAGUUAUAGGUCUAAUAAUUAAUCGUUCCCGAGUCUCGUCUCUGGAAAUGAUGAUUUGAUAUGAUAUGAUAUGAUAUAACACGAUCCAUGAGAUGAAAAUGAAGUACGGGGGAGGAGGAAAAUACCAUGAGAAUGCAUGCAAAGGGGGAUGUAUGUUAAAAGAUAUCGGGCGCGCGUGUCAGUUUCAUUUUUAUGGAAUGCAUAGCAGGGUACUUAGGUAGUCAAGCACUUAACUUAAUAUUCACAAUUCACUCAAUUUGGCUGUCUCUUGUGUAUUUGAGAGCAUCUCGGUCUACUUGUCUGACUUUUCGGUUAGAUCCUAACCUGAACCACG